AUGGCCCAAAGGUCUGGACUAGUACCAACAAACUCCCUCGGGGCGCGGCUCGGGUCGUUCUCGAGACCUUCUGGCUACGAUCUAGGUACCUGCAACCCUCAGCAUCCACCUAGUCGACAGACUUUCAGUUUUGACCACACGGCCAACUAUGAUAAUGAGCCGACAGCACACAAUCCUUCGUCAUCGUACAUGUUCCCCAGUUCGCAACAAGGUAUCCUGCCUGACUAUUGCGGCCUUGCAUGGAACAGCAAGGCAUGGAAUUCUAACACCCAGGUCAACAAUGCCCAGAGCGGAGCAGCAUUUCCUACCCAAGAUACAGAGAAUGCCUUUGCUUCAUCCCCAUAUCCUUUCUUGUUCUCAGGCCAAGGGACUCAGUCAACUGACGUUCCAAUGGCAUGCACGCCGUCAGAUGGACAGGGCGCCGAUCGGACGUUACCCAAAGCAUCCGGCCGCAGCCAGCUCCACAUGGGCAUGUCUUCUCCAAGCGCGACUCCUGAAGCCAUGUCAGGAUUGCUGUUAUCCCCGGAAUAUAGAUAUGGACAUCAUCUAGCCACAAGAGCCUCGAUCUCGAGUGGUUGCCUUCCGAGCAUGCAGCUGGGCUCGAACAGGAACUUCAACGGCAACUCCCCGAACCAGUCAAGGAAGGUAAGUCAGUCAAAUGCACCAGACAUAAUGUUCGAUUAUCUGCCCAUAACAUCGGUCGCAACGCCCUCGCAUCUUGGCUCCUCUACUGGUACAGCACUCAAUGCGUUUGAGACUCUUGACUCAACCGAUGACUUUCGAGCGAGCACGGAAGGCCGAUCAGCAAGAUCAUUUUCCCGAGACAGCCGACGGUUCAUAUCUAUGAUGGGCUGUGGCUCCGAUAUCUACGGAUAUAGCAGCAGUGAAAAGAGCAGGAACCGGUCUGAGACGGCCGAUUCUGGAUCCACAGCUACCUUGCUGAAUGGUCUUCCCUACACACGCCCCAGGCAUGCAGAUAGUCGUAGCACCAUAUCAUUUGACCUCCUCGCAACCGAUGUCUUACCCGAAUAUCGAGCAUCGGGUGAGCUACAGCGAACAUCCGUUUCAGCUGUGAAUGACCCGGGGGUGGCUUCUGAAGUUUGGCACGUCUCUGAUUUGCAGACCAAGACGUAA